AUGUCCUCACCGAUCACUACUCGCGGUAUCCCUACCUACCCUUUCCACGACUGCCUUUUGCGCAAAUCCCUCGAGGAAUCCGCCGACCUCGAGAGCUAUUUGGCAACCCGGACUGGUCACGAUCUCUUCUGGGCGCCAUACAUGCACGAAGACGUCAGAGAGGUCUCCAUUGGCACAACCUUUCAACGCGCCCUCCGCCACCUCUUUCUGGCUCUCCAAGAGUCAUGGGAUUUGGAGUGCCCGCCGGCCGAAUCAAUCCACGAAGACUCUACGCAACAGUUCAUUGGUUCUGUCCGACAACUCCAUUUCAACCUCCACCAUACCUGGGCGGAGCUCCUCAAUCUCCUCCGCGCUUUUGGGGGAAUGCAGCGCCUCGAUCUCUUGAGAAACGACAUUCCUCCUUGGGACUGUCACAACCCCAGCGGUGAUGACAAUGAGGACCGCGAUGAGGACAAUGAGGAUGAGAACACCGAUCUGAACAGCCAGACGUUGAGUUCGACGUCUUCUCAGAUGUUGGGUUCCCAACGUGAGUACUUCACCGCACCCAGCAACAUUUUCUCUUGUCCAUCUACUCCCUAUCCAUCCGCUCCUUAUCCACCCAUUCCUUAUACCAAUGGCAAUGGUCGCCACACUCCAGUUACACCACCAGAUGCUGACGUGACCAUGGUUAAUUUAGCCAGGGUCCCGUUCGCGCCCACAUCGAUCUACCCUGCCCAAUUUGGCAAAGGUAGGGAUCCCCUGGAGCACGGCUGGACAACGAUCAAGCAGGAGGACGUCCUCCACUGGGUUCGCAAGGACUCGAAUCCGUUUUCAGACGGAAAGGACUCCGAAGACAAGCCAAUGCUGGACAUCGACGAAGUUCUCAACGACAACAUGAUGCCCAGCUUGCUGCCAUCACCCGACGAGGAGCUCCCCGUCGUCAACAACGAGCUUGCCCUCUUCAAGGAUGAGCCUUUCAACAUCUCGCUCCCCGAGGUAAAGCAGGAGGAGCUCAAUGAGUUUAAGGUUCCGGCACCAAUCCCCGGCUACGUCCCUUCGGACAAGCUGAACAAGGUCGCCAUGGAAUAUCUGAUUGACACUCUUCGUCCUAUGUUGGAACCAUCUCCCAAGCCCCCUCAUGAACCGUCUCCGGCAGUCAGUGAGGUAGGUCUUCAUACUCCUCCUCCCACUCCACCCACUACUCCUCGUUCUCCACCCAUCAUCCUUCCUGGUAUUCAAAAGUUAUUCCCGCCUAACGCUUUCAAGUCAGGAAUCCUUCGAUCUGGACUUGCGCCGCUGUUCUACUCAGCCUCUUCUCCAGGGAUUCGAUGUUGGCGACGACUCCAUCCGGGCCCCUCGGACCCGCAGUUGCUCACCAAGAUAUUCCCCAACUGGAACUACGGCCGCCCCAUCUGGAUCAAGAGGCGCAACAUUGGCAUCUCGUGCCAUGUCUGCUGUCAGGAGGGUCAUACCAACACAAGCGCGCUCAAGCACCCCGGCCUGGAGAAGAUCAGCGACGUCGACGCGGAUUUCGCGAGCUCGGGUAUUGACGCCUACGCCGACAGAACACCGUCGCGGAUCUCGAUGCCUUAUAGACCAGCAGGACUGAGUCUUAGGAAUGUCGAGAACUGUAGGCAGUUCUCAGCUUAG